AUGUCACCGACCAUUGACCCCGUCGCCGUGGGCGUUGGGAGUGCUGCGGCUGUCCUGAUACUUCUGGCUACCUUGCCGGCGUUCAACAGCAUCGUCCAAAAGCUUACCCAUGGAUCAUACAUACGCCUGGAGACUCUGCCGGAAGAUCAGGAUGGAGUAGCCACGGAAGAAUCGAUAUCAUCUUAUUCAACUACUAUCCAGAUGGUCGUUAUUUACACUGCAUCUCUUGUCGGCUUGGUCGCGUCGACGCUCAAAGCUAUCAUGUCAACAACGCAGGACUCGGUUCGAUAUAGCGAGGUCGAGAGCUGGUUUCAAUUCGGGACAUUUGCACUACUUCUGCCGCAUGUGAUGGCACUCUCAUUCAAGCAUGAAUAUGUGAACCAGUUCCGGCUAGCUAGCUAUGCAUCUCUUGCUUCGGUUGUUCAAUUGGUCAUGUCAGGCUUCCUAGACGUACGUCUCUUGACACCUGCUCACUAUGAUAACCUGACAAACUUCCAAUUCGCCAUCUGGAUCAUUCCAUUUGUGGCUACGGCUUGUCUGCUUGUUGCUUGCCUCUGUCUACCGAGACGUCCGGAUGUUUUUAUCAAAGACAAGGUGGUUGAUCGGCAGUAUACCGUCUCAGCACUCUCUCGGUUCACCUUUGCCUGGCCAGGUCAUCUGGUCAAGUACAUCAUUAAGAACCCCAAUAUCGAUAUCCACGAACUGCCUCGCAUGGACCAUUAUACGCGUUCGGAGAAUUUAUUGGCCAAAUUCUCAGGGCGUCCUGCAGCUCAGGUACUCUGGAGGCAGAUAUUUAGCUUGCAUUAUAUCACCUUCAUUAAACAUUGGAUUCUGACGGCUACCGAGGCGCUGCUCAACUUUGUUCCAAAGGUUUCUAUGUACUUCAUCCUCCAUGCUCUUGAGCGAAGGCAGGCAGGGGAGAACAUAGGAAUUGACAACUGGAUUUGGACCUUGAUACUGGCUGUGGGUUUGAUACUGUCAUGCUGGACAGGGACCUGGAUGCGCUGGGUUGGCGAUUCUCAACUUGCACUCCGCAUAGAAGCGCAGCUUUGUGCAGCAGUAUUUGCUAAAGCAAUGCUCAAAAAAGACUCUAAAGGUGGGGAAAAAUCAACAACAGACGAGGAUAAAGAUGAAGAGGAGCUUGAUGGAGAAGACUCAGAUCAAAAGAGUACUCAACAGUGGAUCAUUAACCUUAUGGGUAUUGAUGCUGAAGAGGUUGGCUUAUCAGCCGCUUUCCUGAGUACAAUUAUACUCUCUACGUGCACAUUUAUCCUCUCGUUAGUGGUGCUAUUCAAACUUAUCAAAUGGAAGAGUUUACUAGCUGCACUAGUUAUCUUUACGAUCCUCGCUCCAUUAAAUACCUGGCUAUCGAAGGCAUAUUCUAAAACACAGGACCGACUCAUGUCAGCUCGUGAUAUUAAAACGGGGGUAAUUUCGGAGGCUCUCCAUGGUCUUCGUCAAAUCAAGUUUGCAGCCUUAGAAAGAGAAUGGCAAAACAGAAUCAUGGGCGUGCGGUUGAAUGAAAUGAACGAAGUAUGGAGAUCAUGCUUGUACGAUGUCGGUAUGAUUUUUUGCUGGGGCGCUGUCCCAACGAUGAUGACUACAGCUGCUUUGGCCGUGUAUGCCAUCUUUGAAGGAAAACUUACCGCCUCUGUUGCAUUUGCCUCUUUGGAAGUGUUCUUUGAGCUCGAGGACUCGCUAUCAAUGAUACCCAUAGUUAUCACCGGAGUAAUCGAGGGUCUGGUAAGUUUGAGACGUCUUGAGGGCUACCUUAAUUCUCCAAACAAGAAGGAAUACCGCAAAGAUUCGCACUCGAUUACCUACAAAGAGGCAUCCAUUGCCUGGCCUUCGGAUGUUGAUAGCCUCGAAGACCGAUUCGUUCUGAAAAAUAUCAACUUAACAUUCCCUAACAAGGAGCUAAGCUUAGUUUGCGGUCCUACAGGAUCAGGCAAAAGCUUGCUUUUGGGCUCCAUCUUUGGAGAGGCUGACCUAGUGUCUGGCAGUAUUGGAGUUCCCAUGCCCCCCUUUACAAUCUAUCAUACACCGGAUAAUGCCAUAACCCCUGAGAAUUGGAUAAUCCCAUCAUCGGUCGCCUUUGUAGCACAGUCACCGUGGAUUGAGAAUGGAACACUAAGGGAUAAUAUUGUUUUUGGAUGCCCCUUUAGUGCUGAGCGGUAUAAAAGGGUUCUUGAUGCGUGUGCUUUAACUGAUGACCUCCACAUCCUGAUUGACGGUGAUAUGACUGAAAUCGGCCCUCGUGGUAUUAACUUGAGCGGCGGCCAGCGGUGGCGAGUGUCUCUUGCCAGAGCAUUAUACUCAAGAGCAGGAAUACUUGUUCUAUAUAAGGAUGAUAUCUUCAGCGCAGUCGAUGUCCAUGUCGGCCGUCACAUUUUUGAAAAAGCACUUACUGGAGAGCUCGGUCAAAGCAGGACUCGAAUCCUAGCAACGCAUCAUGUUGCCCUAUGCAUGCCCAAGACGAGUUAUAUGGUUGUCCUUGGAGAUGGUGGCACGAUACAAGCUGGUCACCCCGACGAGAUAGGAGACGCAAACGCCCUUACCAAAGUUCGCAGCACUGCAUCGGCGGUUGUCAGAUCGGAACCUCCACCAGUGAGCUUCCGUAGAAGAAGCAGCUCCUUUCGGGAUAAUAUGGGAAGUCAUGCAACCAUGGCCUGGGCAUCAAGAAAGGAUUCCAAUCGGGAAAAACCAACAACCACUUUUGUGCAGCCGGAGGAGCGUGAGAUAGGCCAAGUCAAAUGGGGAGUUUACAAAGAAUACCUAAAUAGCAGUGGAGGUGCAAUCUUUUGGGUAGCUGUUGCCAUAUGCUUGUGCAGUGCUCAAGCACUGGGUCUAGGAAGGUCCUGGUGGUUGAAGAUCUGGACGGGUUCAUCGAAACCGAAAGAACAAGCCCAAACCCCCCUAAAUCAAACUGUGAUGUCAAUGAACAAGACAGGGGAUGAUGCGCUUUGGUUCUACUUGGGGAUCUACUUUGCUUUAGCCAUGAGCCGGACGUUGAUCAAGUCAUUCAGUCAUCUACUUAUAUGGACGGGCACCAUCCGAGCAUCAAAAGACCUCUUUGAAAAGAUGACUUCUCGAAUCCUUCGAACACCGUUGAGAUGGGUAGAUACUGUGCCCGUUGGCAGAGUUAUCAAUAGAUUCACCCUUGACUUUGCAACAUUCGAUUCAAAGCUCGGAGACGACCUUGCCUACUUGUUCCUCGAUAUCCUAGAUCUGUGCUCUAUUCUUGUGGCUGCUGUUCUUGUCUCCUCAUACAUCCUAAUGCUUACGAUUGUCCUGUCUGGGGUAUGUGCACACUUUGCAAUACGAUACAUGAUAACAGCCCGAGAACUUCGACGCAUCAAAUCCCAGGCUAGAUCGCCUAUUGUUGAGCAAUUUGGCACAUCGUUACAAGGCAUUGGGACAAUUAGAGCCUUCAACAAGGCGGACACCUACAUGGACAAGAUGUAUCGAAACAUUGACGACCAUACAUCUGCUCAUUACUACAUCAUUCUUUUCAAUGAGUGGAUGGCAUUUAGAACCGGGAUGGCCGAUGCGAUAUUCGGCGCAUGUCUAACAUUUAUCCUUAUGUCCAUGAAGGGCAUUGAGCCAUCACUUGUUGGAUUUGCUCUCAACUUCAUGCUUGACGGAGCCCAGCUGAUUGGAUCGGCAAUUGACAAGUAUACAGAGACACAAUUGGACAUGAACUCCACUGAGCGCAUAAUCGAAUAUUCACAAGUCGCCACUGAAGACCAUACCGGAGAAGAAGUCCCUGCAGGAUGGCCAAGUAAAGGCCGAAUAGAUGUCGAAAAUGUCACAGCCUCAUACUCACCAGAGUUGCCGCCGGUUCUCAAUGGGCUUUCAUUUAGUGUUGAGCCAAACCAUCGAGUCGGAAUUGUUGGGCGUACGGGUUCAGGCAAGUCGACUUUGACACUUGCAUUGUUCAGACUUCUGGGACUCCGAGGUGGCACCAUUCACAUCGACGGCAUAGAUAUUUCGACUAUAAAAGUACACGACCUGAGGAGCCGACUAUCAAUCAUACCUCAGGAUCCAGUCCUGUUCUCCGGGACGAUACGGUCAAAUCUGGACCCUUUCAACGAGUACACCGAUGAACAGUUACAGACAGCUCUCAGACGGGUGCAUUUCCAGUUAUUCAGUGGAGAGACAGACGAGGAGAGCGGUAACGACGAAGGUGAAGAAGACACGAGCUCUGGGACCGAGCGAGGCAGAGUACCGAGUCUCGACUAUGCCAUUAGCGAGGGCGGGCUUAGUCUUUCGCAGGGACAGCGGCAGCUGUUGUGCCUGGCUAGGGCAAUCGUUGCGCGCCCGAAGGUCAUGGUGCUCGACGAAGCGACGUCUGCCGUCGACAUGAAGACAGACGCCCUGAUCCAGCGUAGCAUUCGAGAAGAGUUCCAAGACUCGACGCUGCUAGUUGUCGCCCAUCGCCUGACCACGGUGGCCGACUUCGACCGGAUCCUGGUCAUGAAGGAGGGCGAAGCUGUCGAAUACGACUCGCCAGGGGCGUUGAUGAAGGCUCAUGGGGUCUUUUGGCGUAUGGUCCAGGGGAGUGGAGAACGAAGAGAGCUGGAGUCGCUUUUCGAGGGCAAGUAG